AUGUGCAAUUCUGAAAUGCAACUGAAUAUCCAACGGUUCUAUGCGAACAUUCAAUUCUGAUCUGAUAUUCAGUCACUGAAUCCGGAAAUUCGGCAUGGUACUCAAUGAGCCGAGUAGGACUGGGCUUCACUGAUCAGUAAACGAUAUUUACGAUAAUUAGUAUGCCCGCCAAAACGUAAUUUAUAAAAAUUUAUGCACAGUCGGAAAAAGAAAAAACAUGACUAGCAGAACAGAAUAGAAGAAUUUUCAAUGCCAAAAUUGAAUAUUCAGAUCCCACAACUCCAUAUUUAAUUGUAUUAGCAUUAGAUAUUUUAAUGGCAUGACAUUACAAUUCAAUUUCGAUUUUGGCCGUAAUCACACUCUACUGACGAUCUUGCUACUUUUCAGAAUCUUGCCCUAGAACUGCCCUGUGCUGCAAACUGUAGCCAAGAUAUAUGUGUCAUCACGUGAUCACUUUCACCACGUGACCAAAGGUGCGUUGAAAGGGCUGAAAAAAGACGUCUGAGAUCAAUAGUAUCAUUCAAUUUUCUCUUUUCUAGACUCGAUCAUGUCCUCUGAACUAGACCUCUUUUGCCUGUUCCAAACGAUUGACGAACAUCCGGACCCGAUCAGCGCUGAGGUGAAAGAUAACCUCCCCUCCUGGCUGACUGGGACCUUGAUUAGAAAUGGGCCUGGUAGAUAUGAGUGCGGCGACACUUCCUCCAACCACUGGUUCGAUGGCCAGGGACUUUUACACCGCUUUCACAUUCAGAACGGCCACGUAACCUACAGCAACAAGUUCAUACGAAGCGAAAGUUAUGCUGACUCUUUGAAACAUGGAGAAUCCAUCCAUCUGGAAUUUGGUUCAUUUAUUCCACCAGAUCCGUGCCAGAAUAUCUUCCGCCGUUUCUUUUCGCGGUUUUGGGCAGAUGAAGUUCCUUUUGACAACACCCUUAUUAACGUCUUUCCAAUGAAGGAUAAAAUCUAUGCAACGACCGAGAGCAAUUUCCUAUUUGAGAUCAACCCUGAAACCUUGGACACCUUAAAGAGAAUCGAUAUCACAAAGGAGUAUCCAGGCGACACCACAAUCAAUUCUGCUACCGCCCACCCGCACCAGACCCCAGACGGUUCAGUGAUCAACAUAUCUAUCACGCAUGGCCAGAUCUCUACUUACAACAUCAUACAAAUACCACCAUCCUCGGGCAAACCUGACGAAAGACCUCUGGACGGGGGUAAAGUGCUUUGUUCUAUCCGUCCCACCGGUGGGACUGGGUAUAUGCACAGCUUCUGCCUCACAGAGAACUAUGUUGUGGUUACAGGAGCUCCCCUCAUCAUGAACGUGUGGCGAAUCUUAACUCACAGGUUCUUUGGGUCGUGUGUUUGUGAUUGGUUCUACUGGGAUGAAAGCCAACCAGCCAAAUUUCAUGUUGUCGACAGAAAACAAGGGACGCAUCUUGGUAUCUUCACAGCGGAGCCGUUCCUGGCGUUUCACCACGUAAACGCGUUCGAAAAAGACAGCAAGAUUCAUCUAGACGCUUGUUGCUACCACGGCAGCUCAAUUAUGAGUCAGUUCUACCUGCACAAUUUGCGAUCUCCCAGGGGGCCUGGCGAGCAGAAGUUUGACGUUCCGGAUGUGCGCCGAUAUGAGCUCCCUCUUGAAGACCUUGGAGACGUGGAGCCGGGUACACCACUUCCCAAGGGAGCAGACGGGCUGGAUUACACUUUGCUGUAUUCAGGAAUGGAUUUGCCAAGGUUCAAUUACAGUGAGAAGAAUGGCAAGCCGUACAAGUUUGUUUAUGGCGUGGGGGGUGAAGACGAAGCUCUCUUCAGUCUACUGGUCAAGUUAAAUGUGGAAACCAAAGAGUUUGUGACAUGGAAGGAGCCCCGGGGAUUUGUCUCGGAGCCUGUGUUUGUCAAAGUGCCUGAUGGGAAGGAGGAAGAUGACGGUGUGGUGCUGUCAUGCGUGAUCAACAUCACUGACUAGACCACCUCUCUGUUGGUAUUGGACGCGAAAGAAUUCAAGGAGCUGGGCCGAGCCGUGGUGAAAAGGAUUACUCCAAUGGCCUUUCAUGGCUUGUUCCAGGACUAGUUUAAACAGGUUGCGGACCUGUAGAAACUGAAAUAAACUUUUCCACUUAAUUUUCUGAAACAAACUUGCAAUUUUUCCCAAGCUCUGUGAUUCUACUUCUACUCUAACAAUUGUUUUUAAUCAUAAACAGACACAGAUGAAUCGUAUAUAUUCAAAACUUAUACUUGUCCUUACGACAGAGAGAGGAGAUUUCUGAUAUAGAAAUUAAAAAAAAAGGUAGUGAUAUUUGCCCAGUAUUUUGGUUUGGAACUGACAAAUCUAGCAGUUAUGCUAGUUAACUGUUUACAAAAUAAUUCAAUGGUUGGUCAAUAAUGGUUGGUCAAUAGUGCAGUCGUCGCGCCUACACUGUUUUUCUUAAUGAGAAUAUUGUUUUUCCGGCCCAGGCUGAAUAUUCAUAUUUUUCUGCCGAUUUUAG